AUAUACAUAUCUUCCUACCAGGUUGUUAUUUCAUAGACCCCGUAUCAGAUUCAAACGGUAACUUCUGACUACAAGCUGCAUAUUUGUACCAGUCUAUGGUAAAACGAAUUUUAGGAAAACCAGCAACAGCACGCUUUCAACGAAAUGCUCUUUACGAAAGAAUUGUCGUUUGCAAUGGUUUUGUUGGUGCACUUGGUUCAGGCAGUACCUGUUGUAAACUUAGUGAACAUGCCGGACACCGAACUGUGUGCUUUAAUCAGGAACGGCACAAACGUUGCAUUUGCGAUGGAAGAGGCAGAAAAAUGCAAUGAUACGCAAGACGAUUUGGGCGCCGGAUGUCCUUCUGUAGAAUGCGACAACAGUUUACUUUGCUCUAACGGCUACUUAUUAGAUGCAGAAGGCUGCGAGACAUGCGAGUGCAUCGAAUGGGCACGAGAUAUGGAAAUGGACAUUACCGGAGACUUUGACGACAUUGAUGUGUGGAAAGAUUACACUGAUGAGCUCGGAGAAUUUGUCAUAACAUAUGAAACAUCUGAAUACCUAAGUUCAGCCGAGAAGAAAGCAAUUACGCAAGCCAUUGACGAAAUCAACGAGAACACAUGCCUUCAAUUUUUACCCCGAAAGAUCAAUGACUCAAAGGAAAAUUACAUAAGGUUUGAAUGGGAUGAAGUCUGUUCAUCUGCAGUUGGGAAGACUGGUGGAGCACAAGGAGUUAUUCUAAGUGAAGAGUGCUCCACGAAAGGCGGUGUUCUGCACGAGUUGAUGCAUACACUCGGUUUCCUCCAUGAGCACAACCGACCCGAUCGAGAUCAGUAUAUUAAUAUUGAAUGGGAGAACAUUAUACCUGAAAAACGAAGCAUGUUCAACAAGUGGCAGGUUUCAGAAGACGGUGUAUUGAAUGAGUUCCCGUAUGACGUAAGCUCGGUCACGCAUCUUGAUUCCUUUGCCUUCUCCAACAAUGGUGAACCCACCAUUACAGGGCUGGAUGGCUUUCCACUUCCAACACAAAACACUCAUCUGUCUGUGCUAGAUAUUGACAAAAUUAACCACGUGUAUGGUUGCCCUGAGUUCAUGCCUUUGCCGCCCAUGAUGCCAGACAAAUGUAAAGAUGAUUUAUUUGCUUGUCCCGAAUUGGCGAACACUUGCGCAUGCUUAUUGUCACCCGCAUUCAUGAUGAAUCACUGCUGCAGCUCUUGCGAGAUGGAGGCGACACAGAUCGUUGACCAUUUUCCCUUCUGCAACUUAUGGGCAGCAAACUGUGGUAAAAGUAGAUAUUUCGACAACCUUUGCCGCAAGACGUGUCCGAAGUGUGUUCUGGCUGGGUAGUCUAUGUUUUAUCGGCGAGUGCCCAAAAUCUUAUACUGUAUAGCAUACACUAUACGUGAUCGCGUGCAAAAUAUACCAACUAUUUAAAUUGUAAUAUUUGGCAAAGUUGCGCAAUCUGUACCUUACAAAUGUUGAACGAAAAGUA